GCUUCCUUUUUUUAGAUUUUUCGCUGGACUUGUGAUAGGGCCGGCCCAUUUGUGUGCCGCUUCAGCGAAGCCGCGAUAAACGGACACUGACGGGCUGCGUAUAGGAGCUCUCCAUGCGGACAGGUCGCGGCAUCAAAUCCCGUCGCAACCAUUUUUUUUUUUGGGGGCCAUUUACUCUCUUUGCGGUCUAAAAAUAAAACAAAGAGCAAAGCUCUAGCAGCUGCGUCCUGCAUGUUAUAUUGUGUACCUAGGGUACCUAAUCUAUUUGUUUUGUGCCUAAUUUUUAAUCCAAUUUUAUUUGAAAUAACUCGGGUGGUAUAAUGCUGAGAUUUCCUUUUUUUUCAAAAACCAGAUAUGCCAGUGCUAUCCAGUACAAAUUUGCAGCCGAGAAAAAAAACCUGCGUGUGAUGACAGGGUUACGAUCCGAACAGUGAGUACUAGGGGUACGAAAGAGGGGCAGAGCCUACCUACGGUGCAGGUGUGACACUCGGUGUUUACGAGUUCAGACCCUUCUUGAAGGAGGUAACAACCAUACGUCUCGGUCCUGAGGCUUGUAUUCUCUUGAGGGAUAUGAUUACAGAGAGUGCUUAAUCCUUUCCCAAGAGGAAGAGGGUAGCUUAUAUAAAGUGCGCCGCUGCCUCUCCAACACCAGGUUGCAAGGGUGAUUUAAGUGUCAAAACUACGAUGGUUACUAGUGUAAAUAACCACAAGUACGGUAGUUAUAGGUAACAGUAGCCAUAACUACGUUAAACCCCGACUUAAGACUACUCGAUCAUUGCAGCUCCAACGUUACCCCAUCGUCUCCCUUGUCCGAUUGAUGGUGGCUGGGCCGACUGGAGGGAAGAUGUUCGAGUGCUGCCGGUGCGUCCGAGUGGACUUCUUUGUCAUGCGCAUCCUAAUGCGCAUGUGGUCCAGAGACCUAACAAUGAUGGUGUGGGACCUUAGGUUGGUCCUAGAUGUCAGGUCUUUGACACUACCUUUAGUAGGUGACCUCCUCAUGUGACACCUUGUUCAGAUAAACUAUGUUAAACUGGUCAAGAAUGAAAAAGGUAGUUGUUUUCUAAUUUCAUUUUUCUUUUCAACUAUUCCGGAAUUAAAUGUCCAGAGUGGACUUGGAGCAAUAUUUACUGUAGAAAAAUGGUCUUCUCUGUUAAAUAUUUGAUGAAUGGGAAUGGUCGCAUCGAGUUAAUACCGUAAACAACAUAGGAACGGAAGGAUGUAAUAAGGAAGCAGCUCAACAAUCCCGAAUUAUCUCUAUCUUCGUAUGACACUGCAUGGAUGGCUUUGGUGCCAUUGCCUCGUUCUCCUUCGUCUCCAUGCUUCCCUGGGUGUGUGGAAUGGAUAUUGCAAAAUCAACAUGAUAAUGGAUCUUGGGGUAUCCAUGAAGCCGACUCUUCAGCCAAAAAGGAUCUUCUCUUGUCCACAUUGGCUUGUGUUGUUGCACUUAAAAAAUGGAACAUUGGCCUCGAGCACAUAAGGAGAGGACUGAGUUUCAUUGAAAGAAAUAUCUCCAUUGCCAUGAAUAAGAUUGAUACUCCUAUAGGAUUUGACAUAAUAUUUCCUAGUUUGCUUAGCACUGCCAUUGGGAUUGGUCUAGAAUUGACUAUUCCACAGACUGAUGUUGAUGGGAUUCUUCACCUCAGAGAGGAGGAAUUAAAACGACUUGCUGGAGAUAAAUCUUGCGGGAAAGAUGCAUAUAUGGCUUACAUAGCCGAAGGGUUAGGAAAUCAAUUAGACUGGAAUGAAACAAUGAAGUUCCAGAGAAAGAACGGAUCAUUCUUCGACUCUCCUUCGACAACUGCUGCUUCCGUGAUUUUCAAUUACGAUGAAAAGGCUCUCCAAUAUCUAGAUUUACUUGUCAGCCAUUUUGGAAGUGCAGUUCCAACAGUUUACCCGAUAAAUAUACAAUUUCAGCUCUCAUUGGUUGAUUCUCUUCAAAAAGUUGGAAUAUAUAAGCAGUUUUCUAGUGAGAUAAAUGACAUUCUAGAUAUGACAUACAGUUUGUGGUUGCAAAGAGAUGAGAAAAUCGUGCUAGACAUCACAACAUGUGCAAUGGCAUUUCGCCUUUUACGGAUGAAUGGAUACGAUGUCUCCUCAGAUGGCAUGUCCCAUGUUGCGGAACUCUCCAGUUUCACUAGUUCACUAAAAGGAUAUUUGAAUGAUACAAAAUGCAUACUUGAAUUGUACAAGGCUUCAAAACUAUGUUUGUCAGAAGAUGACGUGAUAUUGGACAAUAUAGCCAUCUGGUCUGCCAGCUUAUUGAAGGAAAAGUUGUGCUCUAAUGAGGUGCAAAGAGAGCCAAUUUUUGUGGAGGUGGUUCAUGCUCUUGAAUUUCCCUUUUAUGCCACAUUGGAACGUCUAGACCACAGGUGCAAUAUCGAAAAUUUUGAUGCUAGGAGUGCUCAGAUGCAAAAGACGGAAUACUUGCCAUAUGGUGUAUUCCAAGAUAUUUUGGCUUUGGCUGUUGAAGAUUUCACUACUUGUCAAUCUAUUUAUCAGGAUGAGCUCCUUCAUCUUGACAGUUGGGUCAAAGAGCACGGGCUGGACCAGCUAAAAUUUGCACGACAGAAGCUGCCAUAUAUCUAUCUCUCGGCUGCGGCUAACAUAUGCGAGCCAGAAUUGUCAGAUGCCCGCAGUUCAUUGACCAAAAAUGCAGUACUUACCACCGUUGUUGAUGACUUUUUUGAUGUUGGGGGAUCAAUUGAAGAACUGGGAAACCUCAUAUCAUUGGUUGAGAAGUGGGAUGGGCACAACGAAGAAGAUUUCUACUCAGAGGAAGUAAAAAUAGUAUUUUCUGCUCUAUAUUCAACUGUCAACCAGCUUGGGGCAAUGGCUUCCACACUGCAAAAUCGGGAUGUUAGAGAACACAUGAUAGACGCAUGGUUACAUGCAAUGAGGGGUACGAUGACCGAGGCAGUAUGGCAGAGGAGCCAAUAUGUGCCAACAAUUGAAGAGUACAUGAAAAAUGCAGUUCCUUCUUAUCUUAUGGGCCCCAUUCUGUUCCCAACAUUAUAUUUUUUGCGAGAAAAUCUCAAGGCUACUGUUGUCAAAGAUCACGAAUACAAUGAGUUAUAUCGGCUAAUGAGCACUUGUGGCCGUCUCCUGAAUGACAGUCAAAGUUUUGAGAGGGAGGGCAGCGAAGGCAAACUGAACAUAGUCCAUCUGCUUAUUCUUCACAGUGGUGGUUCUAUGUCUAUAGAAGACGCCCUAGGUGUGGUGCACAAGUCCAUAGAUACUUGCAGGAAAGAUCUGCAAAAAUUGGUUUUUAGGAAAGGAAGCGUCGUUCCGAGAACAUUCAAAAAGCGGUUCUGGAACAUAUGCCAGACUAACUUCGUGUACUACCGCGAGACAGAUGGAUUUAGCUCGCCAACUUCAUUGAACAGCCUAGUGAAUGCAGUUAUCAAUGAGCCUCUCAAAGUACCAAAUUAGCAAUCCAUCGUCCGCUAGCUGUUUCAUCCAAUAGUAUAUGGACUACCUGUGUCGAAUAAAGCCAUCUACA